UUUCCCUCCUGUGCAGGCAGCUCCGCGUUAUUGGAAACGUAACCCGUAGGUCUAUGAGGAUUUCUUUCCGAGGGAGCGCUAGCAAGGAAAAACAAGACCACAAUGAAACGCGAAGCGUUUUUACAAGUUGUGUCUAAAGAGUCAGUUGAAGACUUCUUGCGUUAUACUCAGAAUCCUAAAAAUACAUUUGAUCCUUUCGACUUGAAUGAACUACUUCAAGAAUUGCCAAAAAAGCAAAAAGAAGUACUAUGGGAGAGACUGACGCAACUAUUGACAGAAACUUUGAUGGAGAACCCUGUGGAAACAUGGCAGAGGAUUGAAGAUGAGAAAAGUAAUGAUGACAUGGAAGUUGAGAUAGUUCCACAAAUGAAACAAACUGUAGCUGUGAUCCAAGGAGUGACAGCUGUAGUUGCUGCUUCCAUACCUGCAGUGGAUGAGCCUGUAAAAUACAAAGCUCUUCUAGAAUGUGUUUUUAUAUUAAAUGGUAUUCUUCCUGCAUUACCUGAAUCUGAAAAAAUCCUACAGGGCGCUAUCCAACGUGUGUGUGAAAUGUGGUGGGAGAAAGGACUGGAAGGGAAGGAGCAGCUAGGGAAGAGUCUGUUUAUCAUUCUGCUAAGAAAAAGCCUGAAUAAAGCUGCUACGGGUGCAGAUGUAGUUCGUCUAUGGAAUCUACAUCAGACAUUACUUUAUUUUGACUAUGAUUCAGAGGAAAGUAAUGAAGUCAAGGACUUGUUGCUUCAGUGUUUUAUGAGUGUAAAACACAUUAAAAAAGAAGAGGGAAGAAGAUUCUUGAGCUUUUUGUUCAGCUGGAAUGUAAACUUCAUUAAAAUGAUACAUGGAACUGUUAAAAACCAAUUACAAUUUUUUCCCAGAUCCCUGAUGGAAUACAUUUCAGAAGUUUACUUCAGGGCCUGGAAGAAAGUGUCAGGAGAAUUCUUAGAGAUACUUGAACAUAACUGCAUUCAGGAUUUCAUGCAUCAUGGAAUUCAUCUUCCCAGAAGUUCUUCUGUUCAUUCUAAAGUUAGAGAGAUGCUGAGUUAUUUUCAUAAACAAAGUAAAGUUCGUCAAGGAGUUGAAGAAAUGCUCUAUAGAUUGUAUCAACCUAUCCUUUGGAGAGCACUGAAGGCCAGAAACUCAGAAGUUCGAUCAAAUGCAGCAUUUUUGUUCGUUGAUGCUUUUCCUGUUCGUGAUCCCAGUUUUAACACUGAAGAGAUGGACAGCGAAAUUCAGAAACAGUUUGAAGAACUUUUCAGUCUCUUAGAAGAUCCUCAUCCAGUUGUCCGCUCUACAGGGAUACUCGGAGUUACUCAGAUAACAUCCAAAUACUGGGAGAUGAUUCCUCCAACAAUUCUUGCUGAUCUUUUAAAAAAACUAACUGGAGAGCUGGCAUGUGAUAUAACAUCUGCUGAUGUUCGAUGCUCUGUUUUUAAAUGCCUACCGAUAAUUUUGGACAACAAACUAAGUCAUCCAUUACUGGAACAGCUCCUGCCAGCAGUCAAACACAGUCUUCAUGACAAUUCAGAGAAAGUACGAGUGGCUUUUGUUGAUAUGCUGCUGAAAGUUAAGGCUACUAAGGCUGCUAAGUUCUGGAAAAUCUGUCCCAUGGAGCAUCUUCUGACUCGUCUGGAAGUUGAUUCACGGCCUGUGUCACGACGCAUAGUGAAUCUCUUAUUCAACUCUUUCUUUCCUAUUAACCAACCUGAGGAGGUGUGGUGUGAGCGCUGUGUUACACUAAUCCAGAUGAAUUCAGCAGCGGCUAGAAAGUUCUAUCAAUAUGCUUAUGAAUAUACUGCCCCCACCAAUAUAGCUAAAUUGAUGCUUACUAUUCGGCGCUGCUUGAAUGCCUGCAUCCGGAAAGCAAUGAAAGAGACUCUUCAUGAUAGCAAUGCUGAUGAUGCUGAUGCUGAUGAUGCUGAUGAAAGUGAAAAGGAGAAUACAAGUGAGUUGAAUAAUGUGUUGUCAAUAAAUGAUGUGGCCAGCAUGGUAAGUUUAUUGGAGAUUACUGUAAUUCUCUGGAGAAGUAUUCACAAAGCACUAGAUCACAAUGAAGAUGCCAAAGAUUAUGCUAUCAGAAAAUUUGCUUCUGUACUUCCUGAAUAUUUCAAAGUAUUUAAGGAUGAGCGUUGCAUGACUCCAUUGGUUAUUCUGGCAUCCUUUAUGCCCCCUGCUGCUAUUCCUACAUUCAGCUGUGGUGUGAUCUCCAGACUCAGAAAUAUUGACAAUGGAGCUGACCAAAGCAAAUAUUCUACCCUGAUAGACUGCAUCUGUCGCUGGGGUCAAGUGGGACAUAUUAUGGAAUUAGUCUGUGACUGGUUGUCUGACACACUAACCCCAAGAAAGAGUAUUAAAACAUCUGAACGACGAGUACGUAUCCAUGUAACACAUGAAUCGAAGCCAGAAUUAGCAAUUGAUUACAUUGAAUAUUUAUUGACUAAUCCUGUUAAUCGUGGUUGCCUACUCUCUGUUCCUAAAAAGAAACUGCAGAAGCUUUUGAAAAUUCUCGGUGCUGCAAAGGUAGUUCUUGGCUCAAUUCUGAAAGCAAAUGAUGGAGGUUCUGGUAGCUGCAAUCAAGCAACUGGCCUAAGAGCCUUCAGCCUGUUUUGCAGGUUGAGUAUUCAUCUUCAGAACAAGUUUUCUGAAGAAGGAAAAGAUUACCUCUCACUUCUGGAGGAGACAGGUGCUUGGAUAGAAAGUCAAGUUGUACCUUUUAUGCUAGCAAGUGAUCAAGAGGAUGGCAUUUCAAAAUACAGUAAUGUUUCUGAAUUAAUUAUCCAGGCCUACCUGACGGUGUGUAAAGAUGUCAUAAUGGUUGGCCUUGGAAAUCUCACGUUUCAAGCACACCUUUUAGAUAUGGCUCUUUCAGUUAUACAAACAGAAAGAGCUGGCUUUUGUGCUCCAGUGUUACUGCAUGCUCUAAAAGAAAUUAUUGAAGCUUCUUUAACGCAGAAUACUGAGACAGAUGAAGUGGCAAAUCUUUUCCAUGCUGUACAGACCGUCUUCCAGAACGUUUUAGAAUGUGUGGCACGUAGACUCAAGACACAGCAGGAAGAAGGGAUUCAGUUGAUUCACUCUAUUCAAAUACCUCUUGGAGAAUUCGUGCAUGCGGUCCAGUGCUGGCAUUCAUCUUGCCCAGCAGUUCACCAAGGUGUACUCUCUACUCUCCUGGCCGCAAUAGUAGCAGAGAUAAAUCAUGUGCUACAGAAGGCUUCCAGUGAAAAGGACUUAACUAUACCAAAGACUAUUGCAGACCUUCCUCCUCUUUCAAGCAGUUUAAUGGCCAUAAUUAUGAAGUCAGUUAAUGUUGUCAGGUCAUUUUUAAAUGAAUUAAUGGAAUGCAUUAUCUCUGAAGAAGUUGAAGGGAUUUUUAGUCUAACAGCUACUGUCUGCAUUGUGAUUAUAAUUAACGGUAAGCACAAAACUUCACUUCUAAAGGAUAUUGCACCUGCCAUUCAAAGGAAGCUGAUAACAUGCAAGGAUGCUGCCACAGAAGAAUAUAGCAGCACUGGAAGAAUCGUCUGUGAAUCAUCUCUGAAAAUUUUGGAUGAAUUUUUGAAUCCUUGACCAUGCGGAGGCUUUUGUCAUGAAAAUUAAAGGAAGGAAGAUGUAUUGUUUUUUAAAAAAGAUUAUCUUGUAAACUUAUUAAGAGUUAAAGCUUGUUUUCUGUUAUUCUGUACAUUUGAAGCAGGCAAAAUGUAUAAAAGUGUGUAUAGAAAUCAGG